AUGCCGCGGAGCCCGCAGCUCUGCGGCACCCGUGUCCCUGCAGGCUGCCUUUACGUGGCUGCACCAAAGACCCAUAGCUUGAUCACAGCAAUAGUGGGGCAGAACAGCAUUGCAGGCUGGCAGCCUCGAUGGUUUCUUCUCUGUGGUGGUAUCUUGUCCUAUUAUGAUUCUCAGGAAGAUGCCUGGAAGGGGUGUAAGGGAAGCAUCCAAAUGGCUGUGUGUGAAAUUCAAGUCCAUCCUGCAGACAACACGCGGAUGGACCUGAUCAUCCCUGGGGAACAAUACUUCUAUCUAAAGGCAAGAAAUGCUGUGGAGAGGCAAAAGUGGCUGGUUGCACUAGGAACUGCCAAAGCCUGUCUGACAGACAGCAGGACACAGAAGGAAAAAGAGUUCACUGAAAAUACGGAAGCCUUGAAAACUAAAAUGUCUGAGCUUAGACUGUACUGUAACCUCCUUGUUCAGCAAGUGCAUAAAACUAAGGAAGCCAGCAUUUCUGGUGCAUCAGAGCCAGAGAGCGGGAUUGAUGUGGGAGCUCUGUUGAAAUCAACCUGUGACACCUUCCUGAAGACUCUUGAAGAGUGUAUGCAGAUUGCAAAUACAGCCUUUACUUCCGAGUUACUGCAUCACACUCCACCUGGAUCCCCACCUUUGGCAGUUUUCAGAUCCAACAAGAUGAAACACUCGGUCUUGUCCAGUCAUACCACAAUAGAAAGGCAAAUGGAAUUGAACCCUUGUGAAAAUGGCUCUGUAAAAAAAGAACUUAACCAUCAAGAGCAAACCCUUAUUAAAAGCUUAGCACAUUUAACGCUAGAAACAAAUGAGGGGAGCAGUGAUGUUCCAGCUGAAGACCACAUAGAAGUGAAUUUGACAGGUAUUAAAGAAGACGGAGAGAGCAAGCUGCAAGCUACAGAAGGCUUUGGUACCCACAAGUUACUGCAGUCGGAGACAGAUUCUAUGUGUGGAUCAACUUUAUCGUGUGAGGAAGACGGAAAUGAAAAAGACUUUCCUACCUUCUUCAGUGUCAUGAGCAAUAGGUUCAGUGAUAUUGAACUCCGUGAGGAGGAGGGCAUACCAACAGAGGAGUUUCUGGAGUCCUGUUAUGCAAUCGUGCCUGUUCUGGACAAGCUGGGACCAACUGUUUUUGCUCCUGUUAAAAUGGAUUUUGUAGGUAACAUUAAG